CCCAUCUCUUCUUGCUGUGGUGGUGAGAGCCUAGAUUCGCGAUUGCAUGCUGAUAAGUGGAUCUCCUGUGUUCUGGCUCUUUGGCCUUUGGCGGCGAAGCUGCUGUCAAGGAAAUACAGCAGUCGUAGUAGUGUCUCCCUGCUUGAAGUUGCGUAGAUGGGACUACGAGCGGUGCCCUCUCUUCCGCGGUGUUCGUCUUCAUCUUUGCACCAAGGUCAACGUCUAGACUGCUGUGGACUACUCCUCUCAAACUCUCAGAUGAUGCACAUAUCAAUAGUUGUUGCUGGCUCUGAUGUUCUGCGAACGGUACCAAGGCAGUUUGGUGCUCGAGUGCUUCGUUUUCCUGGCACAUACCUGCACCUUGCAGCUGUUGUUUUUUCGGAAAAUGUGUGAAUGCGUUGCGUCAUUCAUCACUUGUGGCUCAUAUGCGGACUCUUAAGGCAAAACCACGGCACAACCAAUAUUCACAUAGUCUAGACUACUGACAACUUGCUUGUUUACGUCUUACAGUUUCAGCUACCGUGUAUUCGAUGGCUGCUGGAGGCGCCGAUGUGCUGUGCGCGAUACUGUAUCAAGCCUUGCGUUGUGUCUGUUUUAUGUAGGAGAUUUUUCCUACAUAGCAUACGGCGGUCUUGUCAAGAUGCGCACAGUUGGUUGUGGGGUGUGGCUCCUCAUCACCUACGGAUACAUGGAUGCAGCCGUGUACAGCAGCAUGUCUACUACUGCUGUAUCCCCUGGUGUAACGCUGGACACAGCGGAGGGACGAGCUUUCACGGGCAAGGGUUGUACUGGUGUACUGCCGUUUGUUGGAUGAGUUCUUGCGAUCCGGCUAGGUUAUUAUUGGGGUAUCCGUCAGAAACAGGCCGGAGAGCCGGACGGGGUGAAUCAAACUUCUUCCACAUUUAUUUCCCCGCUAACAUAUCGGCAGCUGGAAAAGGUUUGUAGCAAACGGGCUUGCUACAUACCUCGUGCUACGUGCCGACACC